GUUCCGAACCGAAGGAUCCUGUGUUUAUCCGCGCGAGUCAGUGCUCCCUCAGCUCAGAGGAACGCAGAGAAGAUGGCGGCGCUACGAGUCGUGGUGCUAUCGGGGAGUGGGAGAGCCCUCCUCAACACAUCGAAAUCCGUCAAGACUCCUGUGGCCAACAUGUCCUUCGCCAGCCUGCCUCGGAGCAAGAAGGUUGCCCUGAGCACAUUAGGCGUGGUCACUGCCGGCGGGGCGGGACUCGCUCUCAUGCUGCAUCAGUCAGUCAAAGCCUCCGACCUGGAGCUUCACCCCCCUACUUACCCAUGGAGCCACGCUGGACCUCUGUCCUCUCUGGACCACGCCAGCGUGCGCCGUGGUUAUGCGGUGUAUAAGCAGGUGUGCUCAGCCUGCCACAGUAUGGAGUACCUGGCCUUCAGAAAUCUGGUGGGAGUGUCGCACACAGAGGCUGAGGCCAAGGCCCUCGCUGAGGAGGCUGAAGUGGUGGAUGGCCCUGAUGAGAGCGGAGAGAUGUUCACCCGCCCUGGAAAGCUGUCGGACUACUUCCCAAAACCUUACCCCAACCCUGAAGCCGCCCGCGCUGCCAACAACGGAGCGCUGCCCCCCGACCUCAGCUACAUCAUCAACGCCAGACAUGGAGGAGAGGACUACGUGUUCAGCCUGCUGACAGGAUACUGUGAGCCUCCAGCAGGAGUGGCGGUGAGGGAGGGGCUUUACUACAACCCCUACUUCGCCGGCCAGGCCAUCGGCAUGGCCCCCCCAAUCUACAAUGAGGUGCUGGAGUUUGAGGAUGGAACACCUGCCACCAUGAGUCAGGUUGCUAAGGACGUGUGUACGUUCCUGAAGUGGGCCUCGGAGCCAGCGCACGACCAACGCAAGCGCAUGGGACUGAAGCUGCUGUUGGGCGCCAGCAUCGUGGUCCCUCUGCUUUACUACAUGAAAAGACACAGGUGGUCUGUGCUGAAGAGCAGGAAGAUUGCCUACAGGCCUCCCAAGUAAACGGAAACAAACGCACCCUACCGGGGCCCUAAACCUAUAAGAGCGGGCUGCGUUCAACGACCCCACAACGCUCACAUCACAAUGAUCAUGUGGACAAACAACAACUGACAAACACACAUGCCUUUCUAAGAGGAGGUACAGAGAUAAGAGUAUAUAUACUAUGUUUAUUCCCACGGAAGAAUGCCUGUUUUAGUUGUUGGCGUGAUAGUAUGUACUGUGAGAGUUGUGGUGUCCUUGAACGCACGCUGUACACAAAGUUUGUUUGUUUGACCUGCAUUGAGUCGUUACUGGAGGCAGUUCAAAGUCAUGUCAUCACGUAUCAGACACUUUGUCACAAUUGACUUCUGAGUUGAUUGACUGUCCAUCUUUGUAAGAUACUCAAUAAUCACACAAGCGCUGAGAAAUGGUUGCUGUUAAAGUUUGUAACAUCCCGGGUGCUUAAAUCCAUCCCCCCCGUCCUCUCCACAAUCACAGUGGAUGCAGUGCAACCUCCCAUCUUCUGUUUUACUGUACAAAAUAAAUUAUCUUAAAGGAA